AAAAAAAAAAAAAAAAAAAAAGGCUAUUUAUUUUAGUCUGAAAUGUCUGCUUUCUCCCCUGAAAAACUACCCGCUUCUUUCAAAAAUGAAAUCGAAAGAAUUUCUUCCAACACUAUCACCGUCCGAAGCAAUGUUCGAAAUAUGGAAGAUUGCAACAAGUGGGUGAAAGAAUUUGGGGAAAGAACAAAUACACAAUGGAAUUCCAGAAAUUCAAAACCACAUGGAGAAAGAUUUGUUUGCUGGAAAUCUUUUGUUUGCCACCACAGUGCAUUUAUGAAAGUGCCAGAGGAAGAAAAUAAAAGAAGUAUCUCGAAAAACUCCAAUUGUCUAGCAACAAUUUCUACUAGAGUGAAGUUGGUCACGAAAACAACGAAGAAAACAGAUCCUUUCGUAGUAGUAAGUAAAAUUCUCGUAAAUAAAAUUAAUAAUAUCCACAGAUAUACGGGGUAUUCAAAAA